CCGACUCGUCCUGCGUUGAGCCCCGGCUUGCCUUCUGCUGUCGCUGAGAAGAGCAGCCCGUCCUCACAGCUACAAGGGAGGAGCCCCUGUGGUGAAACGGCCACCCGCUCGCCCGGCUUCAAACCGCCCGUUUCAUUCAGCCGUUCGGAAAAGCCAAACCAGUGAAGGUUUUCAUUCAGUUCCCGCUGAAAAUCCUCAGCGCCUUCCGUCACUGAAGAUGGUGUGACUCGUGCCGCGGUUCGUACCUGGAAAGCUUGACGUUGAAAACCGUGACGGGCUGCAUCACGCGGGCUGGGCAGCAGGCACCCGAGCAAGGCCGAUGACCGCCUCCCACGUGCUCCUGCCCCUGACUGCUCCCUAGGGAUGGGGAGGUGUCUAGUGCUUUACUCAUUGCAUGGGGGGAGGACUUAAUGUCUCUUGGUCUCGGAAGCAGGUGUCUACAUGCCGAUGUCUGUUGGGACUGGCCCAUAGGGUGAUCCAGCUGAUGAAACCAUGAGCUCUCGGGAAGAGUGUCAGUUGGUAUGGACCGAAAGUGCCCUUGGGGGUGGUCUACCAACUCAGUUUACAGAAAACUGAGUGCCUGGGUGUUUCCCCAGGCACUGUUUAAUUUGCUAGAGUAGAUGCUGGAUUUUCUCAAAUGCAGGCAGGGCAUCUCUCUUUGCCCGUCCGACCUCCUUGCACACUGGGUAAAGGCUGGAGCUUCAUAGUUAGCAGUCAGCAGAGCAUCUCCUCUCCCCAACGUCUACUGCAGGGAAAACAUACGCAUCUGAAACACACCUUGAAGAGGAAGCAAACGAGCAAAGAUGUAUGUGCAUGUGACUGCCUGUUGUGUACUUUAAUUCUGUACAAAAAUGUACAUGCACAGGUACAUAUAGGUAAGUCUUUGGAUCUACCGUGUUGAAGAGGAGCCUGCAGAUGGUGGAGCAACUCACCUUGACUUUCACAUCUUUAGGUUGGGGCAAAACAGUUCCUGCAGACUUUGUAUCCUGCAGGCUUCUUCCAAUGAGAGAGGGGUCUGGAGUACCUGUGCUGAUUGCUCCCUGCUACUGAUUGCUGUCUGCCUCUACUUUAAAAAAAACACUCGUUUGUUUUCUUGUCUUCUCACAGCUUGAAAGUUAACUUAUACUGCUCGCCAGUAACUAAGGAAUUGCUGUUGACUAGCUCAAAAUACAAGUUUUGGGAGAACCGCAUUGUAAGUUUUAAAUUCUUUUUAAUUAAAACUUUCCAAGUCAUGAUUUUCAAGAGGAGGAAACUUUCCCCUCCUCAGAAAUGUUUAAAUGUUGUUGCUGGUAUUGACAUGGUGUUUCAGAGGUUAAAUUCAGACAUCACUAUGUCUUCCCUUGCUGUGUGAGAUUGGUUCACUGGUUUACCAUCUGGUCUUACUUUUCCUUCUACAAAAUUAAUCCUUUUCUCCCAACUUCAGCUUUAAAUGUACUGUUAUCUGUAUAACUCUGCCUUGAUUCAUUUGUAUUCUUCCUUCGUUUCCUUGUGUUGCUCGUAUCUUUUUGCUCCUGUUGUUAUUUCACUUCUCCUUUGCUUCAUUAACAGUCUUGCGUUACUCAGGGAGUAUAAUCUUCUAAUAAUAUUAUUUCCCUUGUGAAUUUUGGAGAACGAAUUAUCUCACAUUAAAACGUGUUGGUGAUGUGAAGUCAUUCAAGAACCUAAUUACUCGAUUUCCUCUGUUUGGAGCCAAAUUUCAAGGGAUUAGUGGUCAUAUUGUAUAGGUGUGACUUGUGGUUAGUUAUCUGCUCCCUUUUGCAGAUGCAGAUUUGACACUGAGUGUGAUUCGUCUCACAUCUUGAGUAUGCACUUACAUCCUCAGAUGAUGUAAGGGUUUUUCUGUAUUCCCAAACAAGGACAGGAGAAGGCUUUAAAUCCUUCUAGCCAAAUGGAAGCUUGAGAAGGACGAGAAGGACUUUAGGCAGGCGGAAGCCUGUUUUCUUUGGAGAGUUACGGCCUGGAGUCUCCUUAAAGAGGUUGUAGUGGUGGGUCUUGAGCUCCAUACCAGAGAAACUCGUAGGAGGGGGAGCUGGGAGGUGCUCAUACAUGGGGUAAGUCUGGGUAGGAAGAAAGAGAACUAGGGCACUUCUCCAUAUGAGGUUUAAUUUUGAAGCUGGAUGAGGAAGAAGGUAAUUGGCUAUAUAUGAAGCCUUUAGAGACUGAAAGAUUUCAUGAUUUAGGGGAAUUAAAGUGAUCCUGGGCUCCGUAAAGGUACUCUGAGCAAGCAUUAGGAAUGCGUUAUGCUCCUAGGGAGUGUAAAGGGUGGGAUUUCUUUUUUGUUUUUGAAGCUUGUAUCUGUUUGCUUCCAGUAUCUGUUAAGCUUGACCUAGAAGAAGAGGCCCUGUGAGAGGGUCUGUGUUCAAGCUAGUAGGAGUUUGUAUGAGCAGUAAAGGGAAGGUAGGCAGUGUUAGUCCUAGAUUUCCCGUUUGAGAGGCUCUGUAUCUGGGAAGAGACUCUGAAGUUUUUCAAGGUACCAUCUAAAAUGUAGAAGCACUUAAGAGCACAUUGAGUGCAUGGAAUUAAGAUCAGCCUCGUGAGUUCAUUCAGCUUCCCCCCAAAAGAAGCUGCAGAUGAUGAAGCUAGUAUUGAUGUUUGGGGGGGCGGGGGAAAGAAAGAAAAAAGAAAAAAAAAACCCUCUUGCUAUUGGUUUGAAUUCUUAGUAUAAAAUGCUUUUUGACAUGUGUAUCUGUUUUGGAGUGAGGAAGGAAUUUGAUAGUUGUGUGACUGAUACUGUGGUUUCUGGCAGAGACACCAAAUGUUACAGGCUUGUGCGUGUACCAGGUGAAAGGAAUGCUUACAGCUGCCCAGAAAUUUGGGAUGUGGUGUCUUAUGAAUCCAUCUAGUGCAGUAAAGCCCCAAAUGCUGAGCAGACUGCUCAGAUGAGAAGCUGGAGGUUACAGCUAGAAGGGUGAUGACAGCAGUCUUUGACAGGAGUCUUUCCUUCCACUUUGGCUUUUUUGGCAGGAGAAUUGCAUAUAAAUAGUGGCUGAAACAAAGAGAAAAGCCAAGAGGGGAGAGGAGCCUGCUGAAAAGCAUUAACCUUGCAGAAGGCCACAGAGCAUCUGUGUUCAAGGUCUCUAGAUUUUAGUAGAGGAUGAAGCAAAACAGGAUUAAUUGCUGUCCAUAGCUUUUCUACAAAAAACCCAGAAAUUCCUGCUACAUGUGACUUGUCAUUAACAGCAGCUGAAGGCACAAGCGUGCAGCAGUAACUGGGAAGAGUGAGGGGAAGUUGUGCUAUAGCAGGACAGAGACCUGUCCUAGCAAAUCCAUUGGUGUGUUGUGGGAACAGCAUGUCUUAGCCUUUGUACUCAUCCAAAAAUAAGGUAUGUGAUCCAGCCAGAGAAAGCCAACCUGAGCUGUGUUAGGGUCCAACACUUGCCUUUUUUAGGCAUGAGCACCUUAAUCGGGGUUUUCCCAUUUCAUUUUUAGACAUCAACUCUUUUUAAUGGAAAUGCAUGACUUAGUACAGGGAAAUGGGCUUAAUUUUACAGGCUUAGCAUUAGCCACAGUGGGUGCUAAAGAUGUCUGCCUAAUGAAUACUCAGCCAUAAAUAUGAAACAAAAUGUUCAGUAUGUCCUGUGAUGCGUUUAUUCGUUCUGUUACAGGUUACAUUGGAAGUUGAAACUCCCACUCAGAUUUCUUUAGAAGAUGAAACAUCUGGUGAGAAAGAAGAUAUAGAGGUGACACUUCUACCAGCUGGUCACUGCCCAGGGUCGGUCAUGUUUUUGUUCCAAGGUGAAAAUGGCACGGUGCUGUAUACAGGGGAUUUCAGGCUUGCAAAAGGAGAAGCAGCCAGAAUGGAGCUUUUGCAUUCAGGGACCAGAGUAAGAGACAUCCAGAGUGUGUAUUUGGACACCACUUUUUGUGAUCCCAAAUUUUACCAUAUACCAAGCAGGGAGGAGUGUUUAAAUGGGAUCUUAGAAUUAGUGCGAAGCUGGACCACACUGAGUCGCUAUCAUGUUGUGUGGCUGAAUUGCAAAGCUGCCUAUGGAUAUGAAUAUUUAUUCAUAAACCUCAGUGAGGAACUUGGAAUCAAGGUGCAUGUGAACAAACUCGACAUGUUCAAAAACAUGCCAGAAAUCCUCUACCAUGUUACUACAGAUCGAAACACUCAAAUUCAUGCCUGUCGACAUCCUCGGGAUGAUGACUAUUUUCGAGGGAACCGACUGCCGUGUGGAAUAACUUCCCAGAAUGGAACUCCCUUGCACAUAAUUAGCAUCAAACCCUCCACUAUGUGGUUUGGAGAAAGGACCAAAAAAAACAAUGUAAUAGUGAGGACUGGAGAGAGUUCCUACAGAGCUUGUUUCUCUUUUCACUCUUCAUACAGCGAGAUUAAGGAUUUCUUGAGCUAUAUCUGUCCUGUGAACGUGUAUCCCAACGUAUUGCCAGUGGGUCUGACGGAAGACAAAGUUAUUGAAAUGUUAAAGCCAUUAUGUAGAUCAUACCGAAGAAACAUGGAACCCAAAUACAAGCCCUUAGGAACACUGAAGAGAGUCCACAAAGCAGACUUAUCUGACACAGAUGAAGAUGAUCUCUUUGAUACAGAACUAACUUCUGCAAGGCCUAAGAUGCCAAAACAGCAGGCAAAGAGCAGGCCAUUUAAGACAACAUGUGAAAAUGCAGAAGGAAACAACGAGAACACAGAAAAUUACAAAGCAACCGCAACAUACACCUCUCUCAAGGUAGACUUCAUGGAUUGUGAGGAAUCAAAUGAUGAUGAUGAUGAAGAUGAGGGUGAAGAAGAAUCUGAAAAAAACACAGCGGAAGCUCUUUUCCAUGAGCCAGAUGCCACAUCUGCAUCAAACUCCCAUGGAAAAAAACACUCCGACUUGACCUCUGGUGUAACUGGUGACCAACAGGAGUCUAAUGCACACUUACCCUGCUGGGACGCCUUUUUUAAGCGUAACAAAAUAGAUGAAAGCUCGGAAAACGAGGACAACUUCCCAUCUUCAGCAGAUGCUGGUGGGUCCCAGUCACUCUUCAGUGAUUCGGAUGGAGUGAGUGACUCCACACACAUCUCCUCCCAAAAUUCUUCUCAGUCAACGCACAUAUCAGAGCAGGGGAGCCAGGGCUGGGAUAGCCAGAUGGACACAGUACUCAUUACCUCCCAAGAGAGAAAUGCCUCUGACUUCAGCUGCUUCAGCAAAGGUGGGAGCAGAACAGGAGUUUCCAUAUUGCAUGAGACCACCAAAGAUAAUCAGGCUGAAAACAGUAGGUGGAAGCCAAUGGGGCAAAACAGAUCUUCCGCAUAUGAUGUUGUCCGUGACUUGAAAAGCAGAGACCGUGAGAAAGAUGCAGAAACUGGCAGUGCUCAAAUUCAAGACAUGCUGUUUGAAGUAAAUGACAAUUCCAGGACUCCUGAUCUAGAGCUGAAGAAAGACUCUCAGAGCUCCUCUGACUUUGAAAUUCCAUUGACUCCUGAUGCUGAAUUACCUCAGCCAGAUAAACUGCACUGUUUAUAUAGGAAGCUAGCAGCAGGUGAAAACAUACUGAAUGAAAAAAAUCUCUUCUGAAGACAGGUUUAAGUGAUUACAUCAUGAAAAUAAAUGCUGAAAAUUGUUCUUUCACCUCCCCAAAUAUUCUUAUCUUUAGUGCUAAAUAUUUUCUUGCACACUAAUUAUGCAAUUCUUCAGACAUGUACUGCUACCAGACAGACAGUUGCAGCCUGUUCUUUUUCCCUCCAUGAAAUAUCAAAAAGGAUUCCUAAAAGGGACUAUAAAAGCCUUCUACCUCAUACAGUUCAGUUCUCUAGGAGCAUAAGCAGAGAGAAAUUAGACGAAACAAAACUAAGACUGGAACACUAAAUGAAAUUUAGUGGUUUUCUUCCUUUUUAAAUGGUAAGCUCUAAGAGUUUGCCUUCUUUGUAUAGAUAUGUGUGAUCUCAAGCUUUAAUAAAGUGUCAUUUUUAACGGUGGGGAAAAAAAUGUGCUACCUUUCAUGAAUGGUCAUGCAAAUAAUACAGUAGUUACACUUCAGCUGUAUGAAAUCUGAGUUUUCACUUUAUUUUUUUUAUAAAAAACGGCAGAAUAGAUUAGAGAAUUACUGAGCAAAAAACUUUUUUUAAAAUCAGACUCUUCUUUUCAAGUGGUCGCUCUUUAAUCUGAGCAGGUGUUGUCACCCAAUUUAACAUCUUAACAAGAUAAAAUAAUCCAAUGUCUAUGAUUUUAUCUCUCUGACUCAUUGUAAAGAACGUGUCAUUAGGUCCUUGGUGUUUUCAUUUGUUCCAAACUGUCUUUUGAAACUAUUUAAAAAUAAAAUUCCAUGGGAUUGUGGCUCAAAAGCUACCACAAGUAGCCUGCUUAGGAGGCUAAGUCAUAGUAACAGAAGUUAACCUGUUACUCAAGGAUCUCUUGUGUUACCCAGUUUUGACUCCUCUGCAGCAUCCCAUUGACUUCACCGAACUAAACCAUGUUCAGAUUUUCUUUCUUUAAAUCAAGACACUAGAUUCUCCAUCCACAUUUGCCUUGGUAAUUAACUUUUUGCCAACGUGCCUAGCUUCUGAAAUGUAAAUGUAACUUCAGAUUUUUGUUAAGUUUCAGUAGCUGUGACAAUGCAGAAACAGUAAAAGUCCUCUCUGAAAAUCUUUGACGGUUCCCAUCCAUGAGGUCUUAAGUCCCAAAGAAUUAAAAAAGACUUUUAGUAUUACAGCUCUUCUCUGUGCAUGUUUUAUUUUUUACACCAUCUUUAGUGAAAUGUGAAUGUUAAACCAGCCAGCAUUCUGCUACUGGGAACAGUGUCGUAAAAAGAGAUCAAUGAAAAGUUAUUAUUAUUAAAGAUAAUUUUAUCUUUUACCCACUUUUUCUGUGUUCUGGGCUUCUUUUUUAAAUAUAAUUUGGAUCUGUCAAUAUACAUAUAUAUAUUUUUAAGCAGGCUUAUGUGAUUGUAAUUGCUCUUUUAACUACCUCUGCUGUGUAAGAACAUACAGAGCAGAAUUUCUUCUGUUGGCUUGCUUCCUUAGCUUUGUAAUACGUUUAAGUUUAGGGCUGAGUUUACAGAGUGGUUAAAUUUAACAGAACCCAAUCUGCUUUAGACAAAAUCAAUGAGAAUUUAUACCAGCUCUUAGCAGCCUAAACUGAAUAGGAAACACGUGACUGACUUACUCACGCCAUCUGCUAAACUUCAGGCUUUAUAGUGCUACAGAACUUGGGUACAGGCAUGUAGUAACAGGGUGCAGUUUUAAAGUAAAUUCUACUACUUCAUCUACAGUUAAUUCUGGCCGAUUUUUAAGAAUGACAACAACAGAAGAAAAACUAAAUUUAAUUUAUUUUAUCAAAAACUAUAGGAAGAUAGCAAUACUAGAGAUCAAACAAUAUGAAAAGAAAAUAUUCCUGAGCUUACAAACUGCAUAUUCUAAUGUAUACAGUCCUAAAACAUACAUUAGAAAAUAACUAAAAGAUUGACUUAACUUUGAGAUUAAAUAAAUACAUAAUAGCUUUUCUUACAGAUGACCUUGCAGCAUUAGUUCUGCUACCUAAAAAAAAAAAACCAGCCAGAGGACAGAUUACAAGUUACCAGUCACUGAGAAGUGCAUUUACACAACUGAACUGGUGGCCAUGAUGAAGCUAACAGACCACAGAGCAAAACAAAGGCAGAAGCUAGGCUGAUUUAGGCUCCUUAAGAAAUUGAAAGUAGUUUUUUCUCCUUUUCCAAUUUGGCAAUUUUUCCCCUGAACUCAAAAGGAGUUUUAAAAGUGACACAGUGUCCCAUUCAGCUAAUUCACAGAUGGCAAACUGAAAUGCACUGUAAACAUAAAAUACUGUUCAAGGUUCUAAAUUAGAAACUGGAUCCAUGGGUUUACUUCAAAUAAAUACAAAAUACUGUUACCUCCCAAAGUCUAAGUUAAAGGUCCUUUAUUUAUCGCACAAAGAGGUAACAUACAUAUCCUUAAAGAACAGCAGUAUUAUUUCAAUGCUGGUGAUAACAUUUACUGCCUUGAGAAAAGGCAGGCAUUAAACUCAAGUACAACUAGUAAAAGUUUGUCUUUUAAAAUGUAUUUACUUGUGAUUUUUAAGUCAAACUGGGUGUGGGCAUAAACAAAUGAGAGUCAAAUCACCCCUAAGUCAUCUUGUCCAGGAGAGGCCACAGAAACUGAUUUGGCAAGGAAUCUGUUUCUUUCCACAGCCACUCUUGCAAUCCUAAACCAACAGGAAAGGCUGCAGAUCUGCAACAGAUUAAGGAGCUGGAGAUCACAGAUUCCAUCCACGUGGAAUGCAUCGCUGAAUCGGGCUACAUGCAAGAGAAAACCUAAUGACUCCAAAUGAUACAAGUUUGUCUAGAGUUUGUUAACAUUAAAGCUCCACAUUCCAUUUAAGCUUUAUAAAAGAUUGUUAGAGACAUGAUACGAUAAAAAUUGUUUAGAUUCAGCAUUGAUAUCAAAGUGUGGAUACAGGCAAGCCUGGUAACGUCAGAUACCUUUAAAUCUAGGCAAGCUUUCUCCUAUUCAUUAAACAAUAUAAAGUAUCUAUUUCAAUGUGUAUCUCUCUGCAGAUUACAAAACUUACAAAGCACUUCCAAUGGCCCUCACUCAUCAUCCCAACUGUGAAACUGAUUUUGUCUAGUAGCAUAUAAAAUUUCACUUUCUGCCGAAGGGCCAGAUCUUCAGUGCAAAUGUAACCAUGCCUCUUAAUCAACAAACAACCUCUAUUAUUCUUGUAAACACUCUUGAUGGAGUGCUAGUAAUUAACACAGAAUUUAAGGCAUUUUCUAACAAAUUAAAGUAAAUUGUUAUAUGCUAGGUACUUGACUUCAUUCACCUGAGCCAACAGCUGUGUACCUUAUAAAGGUAACUAGCUGACCUAUGAUACAUAGCUAGCAUCCAUUUAUGGAGCAACAUUAUUCUGCCUGACCCUAUCAACAUUUACAUGAUUUGUGAGUGGUAUGCAAGUCUUACAAGCUUUUAAUCCGUGAGCAUAAAAUACUUAUAUCAUCCCUGGAGUAUGGACCACGGCUGUAACUCUACUCAUAACCUAACUCAACUGUUCUUCAGUGUUUUUGAAGCCAAGCAAAACUUAGCAUACGUUAUCAAUAAAUCAACACAACUUUAAGAUGAUCAGAAAAAAAGAUUCAAGCAGCUGAAGGAAAGUAUAUUUCUCAGCCUUUACAUUCAAAAACAUCUGACAAAUGUCUACAACAAGUAGGUAAACUCACCCCUAGUCUAACUUCACUGAAGUUAACAUUUUUGCAACAAGAAAAGAGAGGCCUAAUAUCUUAAAAAUCUGUCGCUAGAUAAAAAAAGUCACAGUAUGUAAAAACUUAAUCAAAAACAGUUGCGAAUACAAAUCACUUCCCAGGAUAUUUCUGUACCUAAACAGAUAACUGAGUAUAUCUCCGUAAUGCAUCAGCUUUGUUAAACAAUGGGGCUGCUUUCCCUAUUCUUUUGUUAUCUAUUUCCAAACUGUAACUAGUAAUUUGUUUCAGCAAUGACUGCCAAAUUUAUACAAUGAAAACAAACAGCAUAUGUUGCUACCAGUAAUCUGAUAUUUACAAAUUCUCUGUAGAAUUGCAGACUUUCCAUAGCAUCCUAACUAAAAAUUAGAACAUAAGAAUUUUAUUUGUCAAACUUCUAAAUAACAUCACAUCAACUAAAAACGUUUGUUUUGUGACCCUGAUCUUACAUCCAGAAUCUACUAAUGCCAAUUACUUUAUUGUGUGGAGUUCCAUGGACAUUCUAAAAUCUGUAUUCCUGUAAACCUUCAUCUAGACAAAGUCUGACGGCUGUCCUUAAUCCUUUACCACGGUGCCAUAACUGUUAUUGCUAAUCCUUGAAGCUUUUCAUUAAAACAGCAAAAAAAAAAAAAAAAAAAAAA